AUGCAGAUCUUCGUCAAGACUCUGACUGGCAAGACCAUCACCCUUGAGGUUGAAUCCUCCGACACCAUCGACAAUGUCAAGUCCAAGAUUCAGGACAAAGAGGGCAUCCCCCCUGACCAGCAGCGUCUGAUCUUCGCUGGAAAGCAGCUGGAGGAUGGCCGCACCCUCUCCGACUACAACAUCCAGAAGGAGUCUACUCUCCACUUGGUCCUUCGUCUUCGUGGUGGUAUGCAGAUCUUCGUCAAGACUCUGACCGGCAAGACUAUUACUCUUGAGGUCGAGUCCUCUGACACAAUCGACAACGUUAAGUCGAAGAUCCAGGACAAAGAGGGCAUCCCUCCUGACCAGCAGCGUCUGAUCUUCGCUGGAAAGCAGCUUGAGGAUGGCCGUACCCUUUCCGACUACAACAUUCAGAAGGAAUCUACCCUCCACCUUGUCCUCCGUCUUCGUGGUGGUAUGCAGAUCUUCGUUAAGACCCUUACUGGAAAGACUAUUACGCUUGAGGUUGAAUCAUCGGACACUAUCGAUAAUGUGAAGAGCAAGAUCCAAGAUAAGGAGGGUAUUCCCCCAGACCAGCAACGUCUUAUCUUCGCUGGAAAGCAACUUGAAGACGGUCGCACUCUCUCCGACUACAACAUUCAAAAGGAAUCUACCCUUCAUCUCGUUCUCCGUCUGCGUGGUGGUAUGCAGAUUUUCGUCAAGACACUCACGGGAAAGACUAUUACUUUAGAAGUGGAGUCUUCUGAUACCAUCGACAACGUGAAGAGCAAGAUUCAAGACAAGGAGGGUAUUCCCCCAGACCAGCAGCGUCUUAUCUUCGCUGGUAAGCAGUUGGAGGAUGGUCGCACACUGUCCGACUACAACAUCCAAAAGGAGUCUACCCUCCAUCUGGUGCUUCGCCUGCGUGGUGGCCAGUAA